GUCAGCGCGUUGAGUCAAAAUGGCAGCCACAUUAACCGCCGAGCAGGAGCAAGCUACAAAGGAAUUCAUAGAAGCUGUGAAUAGGUGUAGAGCUGGUAGACGAGCUGGACCAGUAUCCUGGAGCACGGCGGUCAAGUUUUUAGCGGCACGAAAGUUUGAGGUUCAACGAGCUUUAGCUUUGUACGAGCAGCACGAAGCCACUAGGAGGAGAGAGGGAUUAGCAGUUCUGCAUCCUACCCAGGAACCCCUACUCAGCGAACUGUAUACAGGAAAAUUUACUGUUCUGCCAUCAAGAGACGCAACAGGUGCAGCGAUAGCUAUUUUCACAGCGCAUUUGCAUCUUCCACAGAAUACUACACAUCAAACAACUUUACAAGGUGUUGUAUAUCAACUAGAUGCUGCCCUUGAAAGUGCAGAAACGCAGAAGCAUGGACUAGUUUUUAUUUAUGAUAUGUCUGAUAGCAAGUAUCAGAAUUUUGAUUAUGACCUGUCUCAGAAAAUUCUGACACUUUUGAAGGGUGGCUAUCCGGCAAAAUUAAAAAAGGUCUUGAUAGUGACGGCGCCGUUGUGGUUCAAAGCGCCCUUCAAGAUCCUUCGAUUAUUUGUUCGUGAAAAACUGAGGGACCGAGUGUUCACAGUAUCCAUCCCUCAGCUGACGUUGCAUAUCCCAAGAGAAUCAUUACCACAUCGUUUAGGCGGCACGUUGGAGGUACAGCAUGAAGCAUGGCUAUUACAUUGUCUUAAAUCCAUGACGAACCGAGGCGGGGGUGAACUGUGUGAGGUCACCCCAAGAGUAGGUACACCUGUGUCGCCCACGGCGAACGAUAAUACGGUUCAUCAAAAUCCCAAUGGGACUACAACACACAGUAGUUCGACUAGUCCUAUAAUCGAUAAGAACAAACAAGUGAAAAAUGGUGUGUCGAAUAUCAGCGAUAUCGAGAUCACCACCGCAAAUUCUGAUGCUUGGAUGGGAACCGAUGAGGCGCCAUCCCCAGUUCAACCUCCGUCCUCGGCUAGUUCUGGUUUUAGCGACGACGACAGUCUUCAUGGGGAUCCUGGGCUUCAGGCUGUUACCAUGGAGCAAUUUAUAGCGGAUAUACAUUCGCGAGGACGCGCUGGUCUCAUAGCGGAAUACGCGGAAAUUAGACAGAGACCGCCAGAUGGUUCAUUUAAUAAUGCAAAGUUAAGGUCUAAUCAAUCAAAGAAUCGCUAUACCGAUGUGCUUUGUUAUGACCACAGCAGAGUCUGCCUUUCACAAAUAGACGGAGAUGCAACGUCUGAUUACAUAAAUGCGAAUUUCGUCGACGGUUAUAAGCAAAAAAACGCAUUUAUCAGUACUCAGGGUCCUCUUCCGAAAACCUGCGGUGAUUUCUGGAGGAUGGUUUGGGAACAGCAGACGUUAGUCGUCGUUAUGACUACAAGAGUAGUGGAAAGAGGGCGUACAAAGUGUGCACAGUAUUGGGGUCCGGAACCAGGUGAUGAAGUACAAGCGGGUGGCUUCACCGUAACCACCCUUGAAGUCGAUACAAAUCCUGAUUACACAAUAUCCAUGCUUCUUCUUACAAACAAUAAGACUGAUGAGACGAGGGAGGUAUGCCACAUGCUGUACACAGUGUGGCCAGAUUACGGUGUUCCUCAGUCAGCUAAAGCUUUAUUACAGUUCUUGUCCUUAGUCAGGCAGCAACAGAGCAAAUUACUCGCUAGCAGAGGAGACACAUGGGCUGGACAUCCUCGAGGACCACCUAUAGUCGUACAUUGCAGCGCUGGCAUCGGAAGAACAGGCACAUUUUGCACCUUGGAUAUUUGCAUAUCGCGACUAGAGGACACUGGAACCGUAGACAUACGAGGAACUGUCGAGAAGAUUAGAGCACAAAGGGCCUACAGUAUUCAAAUGCCGGAUCAGUACGUCUUUUGCCAUCGUGCUUUGGCGGAAUAUGCGCUUUCCAAAGGAAUGCUCAGUGCGCAGCAUCUCUCCAUGUUACCUCCACCGAUCGAAGAGGAUUCUGAUUAAGAGAGUAACGAGUUCUGCUAUUAUAUACCGGAUUGAUGUUCUU